AUGGCGGAAGAGGAGAGCCAGUUUGAAGAAUUUGAGCAAAUAGACUUUUUAAGAGAUCGACAUGUACGAUUCUUCCAGAGAACACUCCAGGUGUUACCUGAGAGAUACGCCUCGCUGGAAACAACCAGGUUAACUAUCAUAUUUUUUGCCCUGUCUGGUCUUGAUGUGCUGGAUGCCCUUGAUGUUAUUGAUAGGAACACCAUGAUUGAAUGGAUCUACUCACUACAGGUUCUGCCCACAGAGGAUCAGUCUAACAUAAGCCGUUGUGGGUUUCGAGGAUCGUCUCACAUUGGAAUUCCUUACAGCACUAAGGGGCCAGGUGUGCUCCAUCCAUAUGACAGCGGCCAUGUAGCUAUGACCUACACUGGGCUGUGCUCGCUGCUAAUACUGGGAGACAACCUGAGCCGUGUUAACAAACAGGCCUGUCUGGCUGGUCUCAGAGCACUGCAGCUGGAGGAUGGCAGUUUCUACGCAGUGCCAGAAGGAAGUGAAAAUGAUAUACGCUUUAUCUACUGUGCAGCUAGUAUUUGUUACAUGCUGGAUGACUGGUCAGGCAUGGACAUACAGAAGGCCAUUGAGUACAUCAGAGGAAGUUUGUCAUACGACAGUGGGUUUGGCCAGGGAGCAGGGCGGGAGUCACAUGGUGGCUGGACGUACUGCGCCAUAGCCUCUCUGUGUCUGAUGGGUCGAUUGGAGGAGGCGUUGAGUCAGCGGGAGCUGGACAGGAUCCGGCGCUGGUGUGUCAUGAGGCAGCAGAGCGGCUUCCACGGGCGCCCCAACAAGCCUGUAGACACAUGCUACUCCUUUUGGGUGGGAGCUACGCUAGAGCUGUUAGACGUGUUCCAGUAUACAAACUUUGACAAGAACAGGAGCUUCAUCCUGUCCACGCAGGAUCGGUUGGUGGGGGGAUUCGCCAAAUGGCCGGACAGCCAUCCAGACCCUCUCCAUGCCUACUUAGGGCUGUGUGGUCUGUCUCUGAUCGGAGAGCCCAGCCUGAGGAAGGUCCACCCAGCUCUUAACAUCACCCAGAGAGCCUUUCAGCACCUCCAGCAGCUGCAGCAGACAUGGAGGGACAGCACUGGCAGCUGCAGCAGACAGCACUGACAGCAGCAUGAUCCACAGGUUUGCCUCUAAACACGUUCAAUCUGGAGCAUCUAACGGUAGUCAGUCAAAGGCAACUGGACUUUUGCUGUGUGUCUUGAAGAUGUUUGGCAACUCAUCUGAGAGGCCUUCUCAUUUCAGGAAUUAAGAAGGCUUUUUAAGACUCCAGUUACACAGUAGUAACUUUGAGGAACUAGUUUUAAAUUCACCUAAAGCAAUGUUUUUUUUUGAGCAAUAUCCGCCACACUUUUUUUGCUGCCUUUUUAUUAGUAGACAGUAGUAAAUAACAUUGUGCAUUGUGGUUUAUGGGGAUAGAAUUAUGUGCCAGAAAGUUCAGUAUGAGUCACUGGAGACUUGAAGAAAUUCCAGAUGCCUCACCUUUGCGAACCUUUUAGAUUAUGACAUUUUGGAAGCUCUCUGCUCCCCAGCCUCAUCAUCAUAGUUGCUGUAAACCUUUUGCUAUGAAUGAACACUACUGACUCAAUUCACAUGCACAUAAGAAACAUCCUCUAAGUAAAGGUUAUUCGCAGUCUUAGGAGGGAUGCCGAGCAGAGCUUAGGGAACAUCUAAAUUAUCUUUUUUUAAAUAGUUGUGGAGUAACAUCAGUAGCUCAAAGUUUUUGAGCAUUCUGGUCUAAUGAAUUGACUAACUAAGCUUUUGCUGAACAAUGUCUCAAUAUUCUAUAAAACAAAUAAAUGAGAUUGAUUUUCAUUAUUGUUCACAAACCAAUAUGGGCCCAGUGGUAAUUUUUUGGGGAAAUGUGGAACCUGUUGAGACAAAUAUUCAUGUUUCCUUUAGAGCAACGUUCCUACAUUCUCAGACAAAAAGAAAAACAAAAAAACAAUUCAAGGCCCUGUCCUCCAGACAGUAUAUACAGUGUUUUUUUGCCUCUCUGCCUUCAUAACAUCUCCAUCCUUACCUUGCUCUUGAACCUUUUGAAAGCCUCAAGCUCUCCACUCCCAAAGCUGAUACCAGCCUGGCAGGUUUACUCUCCUGAGCCUCUCACUUCAGCAUCCUCCAGUUUCACCACUGCAGGCAGUGAUCAGGAGACAUUUAAAUGAUAAUACAACUGCUGGGGAAAUUCACUGGAAAGGCAGCGAAGAGCCAACAAUCACCUCUGGGGUCAAAUCUAUAACAAAAAAAUCUAAAACCCCUUAAAAGAAGAUUAAAUUAAAUUUAGCUUUAGCUGGCCUUAUCAUGCCAAAUCACAGAAAACAGAUUUGUUUAAUUUAUUGUCCAACUUUUUCCUCAAGCUAACAGAAACAUAGAUUGGACCUUAAGGGAAUUUCUUUAGAUGGGGGGGAAAUCCCUUCUUUUCCUGAAAGGAAAGUAGUCAAAUUUAGCAGCAGAUCACAUCCUGACAUCCCCAGACUCCUGAACCCUGAACUGAUCUGAGCUACACUCCUUCAGCAGCUUCCAUGCUCCCUUCAGGGCUUGGGCUGGCCUGAAAUCAAUAGGACAAAGAUGAGACAGUGGCAUCAUAACUUGGGGAAAUGUAUUCUUUUGAGCAGCAGUGGGAAUCGACAUGUCGUUUUCAGAAAAAAAGGAUGCAGGCAAAACAAAGAACAGUGUACAUGAGCAGAACAGUGGGGUCCAAAAGUCUGAGACCACUUUCCUAUUCACUUGAAUUUGACACAAAGGGAUGUGACCAUUCACUGGUCACAUCCCUUUGUGUCCUAAAAUGUUGUCUACCAUGACUUGACUCUGAAUCACUACCCAGCCACUUGCAGCUCAUAAAAGUGACCUUCCAGCCUUCUUGCCCUUGAGCUGAGCUACAAAUUGGAAAAUGAUAGUUUGUUUCUAAUGAGAUCCUAACAUGGUGACACAAAAUUCUGAGCUGAGCACAGCCGGUUCCUCUUGUCUUCUCAUUACAUCAGUGCUCUGAUUCCCAGCUAGCAGUAUUACCAGCUCCACAGAUUCCUCCAGCCCCCUGCUGAAGCCACACCCUUUCAUUAUAAAACUGUUGCCACAGUAAACACCUGCUCCCUGACAUGACGAGCGAGGAGGAGACAAUAUCACAGCAGGUCAGAAAUGCAGUGGCCUGUCUCCAACACGUUACCUGCGGGAGUCUACUGUCCCAUUUCUGAAAGGAUAUGAAAAUAAUAUUGGCCCAGUGCUUUUCUUUCCAUCCACCUAAAAUGAACCUGUACCUGGCCCAGUCUCCUUUCCCGCCAAGUUGCCUUCUUGUUCAGACUUAGAAACCAAACCAGGCAGACGGAGGAAAGGAGAGAAGAGAGGAGGAGAAGUGAAUAAAUAAAUAAUUUGAUCCAUCUAUUAUUAAAAGUAAACUGUCGGAGGCUGGAAUCUCCUCUCUGAACCCUGACCAAACCUCCAGUGUUAUAUAGCCUUGUUUUAAUGCAAAAACAAUUGCUUUUUAGCGUCUUAUUUCAUUUAUUUUGUUGAUAUUAUGCCUAAGACAAUAGGCUUUGCUACAGUUGCUCUAAGUGAUGUUGCCGACAUUACUCCUGCUUUUUUUUUUUUUUUUUUUUUUUUUUCACGAACAUUUUGUUAGUUACCUCAAAAUAUUUUUUAACCUUUGUGAAAAGUAAGAUAUGACUUUCAUUGUUGCUGCUGAAUUGAGUCUCAGACACAAGUAUCAUGAUAAUACAAGUUCAACAAAAUUAGCUUUUUAAUUCACCAUAUAAUAUAAUGGUAUCAUCUUUUUUGUUAUUUUGUUUUGAAAUGUCCUAGAUCCUUGAAGUAAAUCUGAGUGGUCAAAAAUGCACUGAUAGAAAACGGUUACUGCUGCACCACCACUGUGGAGCCAGAUCAGUUCAAAUUGAAUGAUCAUGUCUCUCAUGCAUCUUCUGAAGUGACUUUUAUACUGCUUGAACUCCCUCAGCUGGGUUCUGUCCUUAGCGUACGCAGGCCAAAAAUCACAUGGCAAGACCACUUAGUCAGGCUUGACUCUGAAAUGUGCCUCACGUAGUAUUGUUCUGGGUCACUGCGCUCCGAAUGCUCUAACUUCUGAUUUCAGUACGUGCACAGCAUGCUUAAAUUGGGCUUAGCUAGGCUGUUUCUCUCAAGAAAGGCAUUGAAUAUAAGUGUUGUUUAAAGGGGGGGAGGGAGAAAAGGUGUGUCCUAAAUCUGUGUGAACAUUGAGGAAGUGGAACACCUACUCCCCUCUUCAGUUAUCCGGUCAGAUGUACUGAAAACUGACUGGUAGAAGUCGUUUUACCAGAAUCUCGCUAUCCCUUUCCUGUCCGAUCGAUAAUGUAUUUCCAGAAGGUGGAAAGACUUAGUUGUGGCAGAGCCCAUAAAUGCUUACUCGACUUUAAAAAGGAUCUGCCACUUCCUGCAGACGAAGGCUGCAUCUCAGCAGUUGUUAUAUUCGAUCUCCUUCUUCCGCCACAUCAAGCUGCAGUCGAUGUUCUCGGCCCCGCAGCAUGGAAAGAGGGGACCAAGGCUUUACACUUUAGACAAGGCUGCAGUGCAGGCUGUUUGAACGGUCCACAGAUGUGAAAGGGUUGUUUAAGUCUUUGUAAGAUGCAGUCAAAAUGCCACAUGUGAUCGAUCAUGAGCCCUUGCUCUAUCACCAACUAAUAUACAUAAUGUAAUAAUAAAUAAUGUAACAAUAAAUGUAACUGAAUUUAUUUUUUCUAUGCUUUGUAGAAAUAUUGAGUGUAGAUAAGUAUGUAAAUGUAUAUAAAUAUGUGACUUCUAUUGUGCAAGUGCUCAAGAUGAAAAAAAAUGUUUACAACUACAUCAGUGAGACAGACAGGAACUGGAUAUGCAAAUGUUCAUAUGUGAUGUAUUAUAGUACUUCAGCUUUGAAUUUGAGGACAGUAAUGUUGAUUCUAGCUUGGCAGUGCAUACUGUAUUUAUGGUGAAUAAAAACACAUACUAACUUUUACAGUA